GAGAGAGAGAGAAAGACAGAGAGAGAGUGCGAGAGUGAGAGAGGUCGAGAGGCAGGCAGACGCGUCGAGGACUUUGCGCCUGUUAACAGCAAACAUUUGAAUUUAAAUGCGAAUCGUUGAUCAAACGGUGCAGACGUCCCGGUUGCCACCUGAGUAAAUUAAAGUCCUGUGCUAGAUGCUCGUCAUUCAGUGCUCAACUCGCACCCAAUGAGCCAAUUGACCACCUGAGCCCAGUGUCUGAAUCGAAACAUUUAGAAAACAUUGUGAAACAAUUGCAAAUAUUGAAAAUUGAAAGUGAAUAUAGAAAAAGUGCUUUUGUGCGAAAUGUCUUCCUCUGAGGCCGAAGUUGAUAUCAGUGUGGUGUCCAGUCCGGAGCCGAGUCCGUUAGGUGCCGCCGGCAUGAGCAAUGGUCGCGAGAGUCCCCUGGCGCGCUCCGUUGAUGGCAGCUCGCCACCAGCGACGCCGACGCACCGCUCCACGCCCAACACGACCGCUGGCACGCCCACAUCAACGUCAGCCAUCGCGGUUCCACACUAUCAUCACAGUCCCAAUGGCGCUGUGCCGCCGGCGGUGCUCCAUCAUCAUCUGCAGCAUCAUCUCAGCUCGCUCAGCGGCCAUCCUGUCGCGCUGCAUCAUGCCCUACACAGUUUUGGACAUCUGCAUCCGGCUCAUGCGGCACAGCAUCCCGCGCUGCUGCAACAUGCUGUGGCGCCCACACAUCUGGCAGAUCGAUUAAGUUCACCGCCCGCACUGGCCGCAAUGGCACCCAAGUCUCCGGAACUGGACCGCAAUGGCAGCGCCAGCGAGGAGCUCGGCCACAGUUUGAAUAACAACAACAGCAAGAUGGUGAACCACAAUAGCACAUGUGCCUCAGCGGCAGCAGCCGCAGUGGCAGCAGCAGCGGCUUCCGUUGGCGCCAACAGCAAUGAUAGCAAUACGAGCAGCAAUGGCAACAAGGCCAGCACCGGCUCCAACGGUUUCACCAGCUUCUCCAUCUCCAGCAUAUUGAGUCGCAGCGAGCCGGCGAGAAAGAAUGGCGCCACAGCGCUGAUAACGCCCACGCCACAAUUGCCGCAUGGAGGCGGCGCGGGCGGACCACAGGAUGCGGCCAUGCUCUCAAGAUUGGGUUUCAUCUCCCAAUGGGGCGCUCUGGCUGGACGUUAUGCUGCUCUAUGCCCACCUGGCUGGCCCUGGGCACCACAGCGAAUGCCCUUCCAUAGUCCAACACAUGACAGUUCCUCUACAAAUACCACGGAAAAUCCACCAUCGCCCACAUCCCUAAGUCCCAGCAGCGGCAACAAUAACAACAAUAGUAACAACAAUAACAACGACAACAACAACAGCACUGCCAAUGCGAACAGCAAUAAUGCGGGCAAUGGACACGCCAGCAAAUCACCACCACCCGGCUUGGCUGGAUCGCACCACAACACACAUCACCCACUCUACCAGCAGCAGCAGCAACAGCAUCCACAUGCUGCCCAGCAGCAGCAUUUACAGCAUCCACAUCAGCCCAGCACGCCCACCAGUAGCAGCAGCGCCGGCGGGCUCUCCCAUCAUGGACAUCAUCUGUCGGGCUCUCAUACGAGCGCCGGCUACAUGCUGCCCACCAGCUCCAACGAGUCAGACGAUGAUGGCGAGGAAAUCAUUGAGGAAGACGAUGGCACCGAUGGCCCAUCCGACAGUUCAUCACCGCACGGCGACGGCAGCAAUUCCAAGCGUAAGAAGAAAACGCGUACGGUCUUCUCACGCGCCCAGGUAUUCCAACUGGAGUCCACGUUCGACAUGAAACGCUACCUCAGCUCAUCGGAGCGUGCGGGACUCGCAGCCUCACUGCGUCUGACCGAGACGCAGGUGAAGAUCUGGUUUCAGAAUCGACGCAACAAAUGGAAACGCCAAUUGGCCGCCGAGCUGGAAGCCGCCAACAUGGCCAACAUGGCACAUGCUGCCCAGCGGCUGGUGCGUGUGCCUGUCCUCUAUCAUGAUGGGACCACAGCUGGAUUUGUGCCACCACCGCCGCCGCAUCAUCAUCCGAUGCAGUAUUAUGCAUCGGCAGUUGCCCGCAACAAUAGCCCACCGCGACCGCCGCUGUCGUCGCUGGUAUAGAACGUGGGUUGCCUGGCGGCGCCAAUGACGCUGCUGAAGCCGCCACUGCCAACGGGGAUGCUGUCAAUGCCGCAGCGAAUACCUGCGCUCCAGUUGAGACUCUGCUCUCUCGAAACGGACUCCGAUGGCGAGCAGGAGCCGCAAGCCACGGGCACAGACGACGACGAUGCGGCCAUCGAUGUGGAGGCCGAUGAGGAGCUCGAUUCGGAGCAGCAUCAGCAGCAAAUGCUCGCAAAUAACUGUGUCGGCUCAACGCUAUCAGCAAUUGCGACACCGCCGCCUUCCUCCUCCAGCACUUUUGAGCUGCGCACAAAAAACAACAGCAACAACAACAACAAUUGCGUGGAACGCAAAGAUGGUGCGAGUCAGGCUGCGACUCCCACUGCUGCUGUGGAUAAAUCGAUAAUCCACAAGGCGCACUCCUACUGAGCAGCUGGUCCAGUGAUGGCUGCCAGCCCAUGCCGCCCACUCCCAGUUGCAUUGUAAAUUUCUAUUGAAAAGUUUGCCAAAAGGAUUAGCGGCUAAGUGCACAUCAAUUGGUUUCAAUGCUAUCCACAAAGGCAACAACAACAAAAGAAAACGAGAGUAAAAAACAAAAACGAAAUGGAGGACGGCUCACUGUGCCUCAUAAACAUAAUCGAUGAA